AUGAAAAUGGAGCUGUAUAUGUUCUUUCUCACCCUCACUGCGGUUUUAUCCAUUGAGAGUAAAAUACAUAAGUCUUACCACCUCAUUGGAUGCUCUGAUACAGAGAAAGAGGACAUGUAUGGUCUUGAUGGAGAGGAAGUAUACUACUACAACUUCAAUACAAACAAAACAGUAGUGGUGCUACCAGAGUUUGUAGAUUCUGAGCGUUUUGUUUUUUCUGAAUAUUUUGAGAUAGGUAUUCAUAAUUCACAAAUAUGCAAAGAAUACCUAGCCAUUGGUACUAAAGCUUAUAAAAACCAAGCAGAACAAAUGGACCCCCCUCAAACUUCCAUCUAUUCUAGAAAUGAUGUGGUUCUGGGUGUAGAAAACACCCUCAUCUGUCAUGUGACUGGAUUCUUCCCUCCAACUGUCAGAGUAUCUUGGACUAAGAACUAUGUGAUUGUGACAGAGAAUGUGACUUUAAGCCAGUAUCGGCCCAAUAACGAUGGCACCUAUAACCUCUUUUCCACGUUGAAAAUCAUUCCAUUGGAAGGAGAAAUUUACAGCUGCAAUGUUGACCACAAAGCCCUCCAGCAACCUCAAACCAAAAUAUGGGAUGUAGAAGUUGUCCUGCCCGGGAUUGGCCCAUCAGUGUUCUGUGGAGUGGGUCUGACACUAGGCCUGCUGGGAAUGGCAACUGGAGCUUACUUUUACAAUAAAGCACAGACCGGCAGAUCAAAUAUGGAUACAAAUAUCAAUUUAGAUACAAUUUCAGAGUGA